UUGAAGUCAAUUGCAGUAUUGUGUAACAUAUCUACAGAGAGUGUUAGCAAAGCUAAUUAAAACUUGUCUGAAAUCUGUUAAAGCAAAGCUGAAGACAAUGGCUAUAAACAGCAAUUUAGUGUUAUCAAUUACCAUUCUAUCAUUGGUGGUAAUGUAUGGAGGGCCAGUGUGGGCCCAAGAUGUUGACACGCUUCCGGACACCAAACAAUCACUGGCAUGCCAAUAUACUUCGCUGAACAUAACAUGUGAACCAGGAUAUUACAUCGAUGUGGUAAAUGCAAUCUAUGGUCGCCUAUCGAAAACCAUUUGCAAAACUAAUGAAUUGCUUAGCACCGCUUGUGCAGCGAAAGGAAGUAUUGAGAUUGUGAAGACUAAGUGCAAUAAGCAGCAAAGUUGUAAUGUUGCGGCUAGCAACGAUGUUUUCGGCAAUCCAUGUUCGGGAACAGUCAAAUAUCUGGAUGUGAGGUAUCAGUGCAUUCCAAAUCCGACACCCAAAGAAUCAAUAGUUUGCGAAGGAUCGAAUUUGGACGUAAAAUGUGGUGACGGAGAAUCAGUCUCUGUUCGGCGUGCAAAUUAUGGCGAACAAGUAUCAAAAACUUGCAAGAACGGAGCUCUGAUUGAUAGGAAAGACUGUUUCAGUGAGAAUAGCACGAAAACUGCUAUCGAUCUGUGUUUAACGAAACAAAGUUGCAGUAUACCAGUCACCAACCAAGUAUUUCAAGAUCCAUGCGAUGGAGCAUCUUCGAAGUACUUAGACAUACAGUACGAAUGCGUUAAAUCUCAAAAGCGUCUGAUAGCCUGCCAAUAUUCUGAUUUGACUCUUAAAUGCGAUGCAGGACUUGUAGUGAAUAUAAUCAGCGCAAAUUACGGUCGCUCAACGAAAACUAUUUGUGAGGCUUUCGAAUUGGCUACUGACAAAUGUUCCCACCCAAAAGGCUUGGAGGUUGUGCGCACUAGAUGCACUGAUAAGCAGAGCUGCACCAUACCGGUUGUGAACGAUACUUUUGGCACCAAUCCAUGUUCGGGUACGGUUAAAUAUCUGGAUGUGAUGUACGAGUGCAUUCCAAAAAAGUAAAAAUUUAGGCUGAUGUUGGGACACGGUACACUGUACUGCAACAGUUUCGCUUUCUUUUCAAUAAAUACAGCACAUUCUUACAAA